AUGUCCUCGCCACCGCCCACUCUGACCCUCCCGCUGCCGACCGUGAUGACCGCCCCGAUAGCCACCAUGGCCAGCGCCCCGCUCUUGCCGGUGCCGGUCACCUCCGCCGCGCCCCUCCCCGUCGUAUUCACCCCGGAGGAGAUGACGACUCCCAGCCGGGAUCUAACCCAGGCGGUCACGGGCAUCUACACGUUUCUCGCGAGAUGCUAUGGGUCGCAGCCCCCUGUGCCAUUCGCCAACGCCCUGCCGCCGCAGCAGCCGCCUUCCUCGACGACCCUCGUCGCCGCCGCCAUGCAGCAGCUGCCAUGGCAGCCGCCACCGGCCACGAACCCCGGCGCCUCCACCAUGCAGCAGGGGCAACAGCUACAGCUGCCGCCACCGGCAACCGCGGCCCUUGGCAUCCCGACGACGGACCCGGGGGUGCCCAUCCACCAGGUCCGGUUUCCCCCGUCGCCGUCUCCGUUACCGGCCUGGCUCGCUGGGUCCCUUGAGCAGGUCUACAUGACGGCCUCGGUCGGGCCGCACAUGCUGCCCCCACCGGCGACGCACCCGGCCAUGCAGUUUGGUGGGUCCUCGGGCUACGCCGAGCCCUUCGCCAGCGUCGAUGGGCCCCUGUUCCAGGAUGGCACCCUGAUGCCUGCCUGUUCGGCCUCGUCAUCCUCGAUGCGCCGUGCUGACGAGGCGCACCCGCCCGUCGUCCAAUUCCAGUCGCCGCCGAGAUUCUCCAAGCUGGAGUUCGCGACCUAUGACGGCACUGUCGACCCCCUGAAUUGGCUCAACCAAUGCGACCAAUUUUUUAGGGGAUAA